AUGCACUCAUCCCUCGUCGGCCACGUUGCGUCGGGCGCCGGGUUCCUUGUCAUCAGCCUGUGGCAGCUGUUCAACCACAUCCGGCUGCUAGCGCUGCGUCCCAGCUCCUACGUCGCGCCAGUCUGGUUCCCGGCGCGGGGCGUCCGCCACCUCGAGCUCAUACUCAUCAUCGUCGGCGCGGCCAUCUCCAUCCUGAUGGAGCUCUUCGUCAGCCCUAGGAAGCAUCACCCGUUCGACGACGAGGGCAGCAUCCCUUCCGUGCACCUCCACAACCUGGAGCACGCGUCCAUCGCCCUCGCCCUGCUCCUCUUCGCCGCGGUCACCAUCCACAUGGACAGGACCGGGACGCCCAUGCGGGACGCCGUCUCGCAGCUGGUCGCCGCGGCGGCGCUCACGCAGGAGCUCCUCCUCUUCCACCUCCACUCAUCGGACCAUGUGGGCGUGGAGGGGCAGUUCCACUGGCUGCUGCAGCCCAUCAUCGCCGUCACGCUCGGCGCCACGCUGCUGUGGUUCCCCAGCUGCCCGCGGAGCUUCGCCGUGAGCCUGGUGCGGUCGGCGAGCAUCGUGUUCCAGGGCGUCUGGCUCAUCGUCAUGGGUGUCAUGCUCUGGACGCCGGACCUAGUCUCCAAGGGCUGCUUCCUUAACCUCGAGGCAGGACGCGCUGUCGUCCGGUGCCGCACCGACGAGGCGCUCGCCCGCGCAAAAUCGCUCGUCAACCUGCAGUUCAGCUGGUACCUGACCGGCAUCGUGUUGUUCGUCGUCGUGCUCUAUCACCAGCUCAAUAAGGUGUACCACGAGGAGCCGCCGCACUUCCUACUGGUGAAGGGAAGGCACGAACACGGCGACAACUUCAGCAUCGGGGACGAUCACGGCGAUGACGAGGAGGACCUCGAGGCCGCAAAAGCGUUGCUUCCAUCACAUGUUCAUGAGUAA